AACAUGUUUAGCAAAGCUGGUAAAAUCACUUCAGAAAAAUACAUUGUUUUUUAAAGAAAGGAUGAAAUUAUUAACAAUAGGCCUAGAUAUUUUAAACCUAAAUCUUAAUCAGUUGCAUUUCCAGAUGAAAUUAAUCUCUAACCUGAAAAGAAGAUUCCUGAAAUCAUCAAUAAGAAAUCAUAGUAAAUUACAGAAGCUGAACUUGUCUAACACAAAAAUCAAUUGAAAUUAUCCUAACCAUUCUCUAAAUAACUCUCUCGAUAAGUUGGACAUUAUACUAAAUUAAGUAAUGAUAAUAAACCAUCCUGUGGACAAUAUCAUGUUAAAUACAAUGAAUUAGAUAAGUAUAUUUAUUUAUUAUCAUUAAUUUUAGAGCUAUUCAUUCCAUUCAUGAUUAUGAUAAAUCCCUCAAAUUAACCACUCCAAGACAUGUUCCAGGAAAACUUGGAUAACCAGAAGCCAUAGAGUAUACAACUAUUCAAUUUAUUUAAGCAAACCUAUUGUAGAUCGACCGAGAUUCUCUUAUACUUGUUUUACUGAUCUAACUAGAUAAACACCUAGGUAAUGUAUUAUUUUCUAUUCUCUCUAUAGACCUGAUAUCUUUUUUGGAAGACCAACUCCACAUCCUGAUAGAUUCACUUUCUUAAGUGUUACUGAUUCUUGGAGUAAAAUUCCAAGAACUCCUUCUGUUUAAUUACAUAAAUAAUUGUCUAGAGAUUAGAUGAUAAUCUAUAAAAAGAAAUAAUUUGCACCUGACUAUCAUCCCAAUUUUGAAUUCGGAAAAAAGUACUUAUUUUAGUCUUAACCCUUUUUUUAGAUAAUUAGGUAGUUGUGGAGCUCCUUUUGAUAAACUGGAAAAAAGAAAAGAUUUUAUGACCAAAAUCCCACCAUAUAAUAAUGAAGCUUAUUUUGAAUUCGAUGUCUAUUCAAAAGAUCCUUAAAGUAAAUUAUUUAGAAAUCCAACUGCUCCCAAUUUCGAAAAAAUGUUAGAAAGAGAAUGUGAUGGAAAAUCUCUAUUACCAAGCUUUAUGUAGGUAAAUUAAUCAUUUUUUAAUUAGAAAUUUACCAAUACUCGUCUUGGAAUUACCCAUUUAACUUAAAAAAUGUUAGAAGUCAAUAAUUUUAGAGAUGGAAGAUUCUAAACUGUUACAUCCAGUUUUAUGCCAUCUAAAUUAAAAAAAAAAUAAUAACUUGAUGAAUCCAGCGAAGAAAUCGAACAGAUGGAAGAUUAGUAAUGA